AUGGCAGCCUCAGCCAGAUCUUUCCACACACGCUCCACUAGCUUUCCGUCGGAGUCCCACCCAAACUUGGCCGGCGUCCAAGAGUGCCUUCACUUGGUUAAGGCUUGGGAAGCCUGCCCAUCAGGGAAGGCACCACUGGUGACCAGGCUUGGGCACCUCAAGGACUUGUACGCUUCUAUCGUUGUCUUCCUGCAACUCCCUCUCACUCAACAGGCUCUUUGUGGCAAAGAGAGGCUUGUGAGGGAGUUGAUGGAUGACUACCUCUGCUUAAUGGAUGCCUGCGGUUUGGUGAAAGACUCGUUGGCGCAUAUGAGGGAGCAACAUCAAACCCUUCAAUCCAUGCUUCGGAGAGGCGUCACUGGUUUGGAAUCUGGCAUCUGUGCCUAUCAGUGCAGCAGGAAGAGGAUGAAGAAGGACAUGGCCAAGUGCCUGAGAUUGCUGAGGAACAUGGAGAAGCACAUUUCUUCGUCUAAUGACAACCUUGACAUGGUCGAUCAGGUCUUCAAUGAUGUCAGGGCCGUUACGGUCUCUACCUUUAACGCUCUUAGUUCGGUGAUCUCCGGGAGAAAGGCAGCCAAGUCCAUCUUCUCAAGAUUGUUGAGUUCCAUGAGCUCAAAAAGUGAUGAAGAUGACGUUGGUGAAAUAGAGAAGGCGGAUGCGGCCAUAUUUAGACUCCAUGACACUUCUUUGAAGACAAUAAGGCAGGAAGAUGCCCGGGAGGCACAAAAGCUGAUGGAAGAAUUGGACGUUAGCUUGAGGGAAGUAGAGGUGGAGUUGGAGGACGUCUUCAGAUGCAUGAUCCAAGCUAAAGUCUCCCUCCUCAACAUCGUUACUGGGUGUUGA